AUGCUUCAAACCAUUUUUAAAAAAUACCGGAUCCCCUUGAAGCCCUACUAUACCCAGGUUUACCAAGAGAUUUGGAUAGGAAUGGGGUUGAUGAGCUUCAUUGUUUCUAAAAUCAGGAGUGCUGAUAAAAGAAGUAAAGCUUUGAAAGGUUCAAGUCCUGCACCUGCUCAUGGUCAUCAUUAGCCAGCUUGCUUGAGUAGAGAAUCAUCUGUCUGCCUGUAAAUGUAAGCGGACUUUGUUAGA